AUGUCUUUGACCUUUUACUCCACAUCUGAUAGUCACCUUGGUUGGAAUGAACGGCAUCAAACAUUAAAGGACGACUCUAUUUAUUCAUUUUCCAAGUUUAUAGAGACUUCGACUGCCGAUGCCGGUUCCAUUUUACUUCACGCUGGGGAUUUAUUUAAUGACCUUCAACCAACCAAAUUUGCUGUAGCGCAUGCGUCCUCAUUGAUAAAGACCAACUGUCUAGGUAAUGUAGAUCUUCCCUAUACAGUGAAAGACUGUAGUCAUUUACCUUAUCUUUUAAACAUAGAUGAUCCAUACAUCAACGUUUCACAUCCAUUUUUUGUGAUCCAUGGUAUACAAGAUGAGCCGAGUGGGAAAUGUUUAACUUCGGGAGUUGAGAUUCUUUCCGCGUGUGGGUUAGUGAAUUACUUAAACAAAGAUAUCAAGCAAGAGAGAGUAUUAAGUCCAGUCUUAUUUUCAACGGGAACCACACAAGUAGCUUUAUAUGGUCUUACCUUUCGAACAGCGGAUCAGUUGAUUGAUGCAGUAACUGAGGACGAUUUUAAAUUAAAAAAGCCUACAGGGGAGUGGGUGACUCUUUUGUUACUUCAUGUCCCUCGAGGAAAUUUAAAGAGUGAUAAACUCGACAAGUUCUAUAAGUUGUUUUCCGUGGUGAUCUUUGGAGGGAUUCACUCGCCUCAAAAAGCUAUAGAACACCACGAAAAGACUUUCUUUUUGUAUCCGGGCGCACCGUUCUUCAUGAAUUAUGAUGAGUACAACGAGAAAGAAAAAGGAAUAAUAAAAGUAACUAUUAAUGGAAUGGACGUGAGACCGGAGUUUGUGCCGAUAGCUCCAAAGCACAAAAUGAUUAAAAAGGAAAUCAACGUCAGAGCCGAUUAUAAGGGUCCCGAGUCGGCGAGUAGUUUUGGGAAGUACGUUAAAACGAAAUUGCGAGGCAUAGUCGAAGAACUUGAUUUGGAAGAUGAAGAGAAAGUCAUGAUGAAGGUCUUGUUUUUCAACUCGCCUCCCGUGUAUCCGGACUUAGUCAAAAUAUCUUCAGAAUUUAUCGAUACAGUUAUUAACAUCACCGACUUUGUUCGAGUCAAACGGUAUGUCAAGAAUGAAGGAGUGACGAAGGACGUCAGUAUGGAAACGUUAGUGAAAGAGGAGUUGAACUCGGGAGACUCUGUGAAGGUGAUUCGACCUGAAGAGAUCUCUGUAUGUCUUCGGCGUGUUGAGAUGAAUAGUGUUCAUUUGGGGGUUGGACAAAUGGUGACGAAGUGUGUUGAUGACAUGACUAAUGUAGCCACUGAGUUGAUAGAAAAGAAGAUGGAGACGGUGAAUUUAAAUGACGAUGGAAAGGAUGAGAGAGACGGAGAGAAAGUCGAUGAGUCUGAGAAAGAACGUGGUGAAAAGUUGUUUGACGAAGUGAUGAAAACAGUGUAUGAGAAGUAUGAGAAAAAUACGAAUUACACCGAUGUCAAAAUCGAAUUGGAAGAAGACGAAAAACGUGAAAUUGAACCAAAGAAGCGAAGUGUAAGCACAAGAGUGAAGACUAAACCGACCCCAAAAGACCUUGAAAAGAGUGAAGAAGAGCCAAGUGCACUUCUUAGAGAUGAAAAGGAGGCAGACGAAGACAAACAACAGGAGAAAACAACAAAGAAAGCACUACUUGAUGCGACCAAGAAAAUUGAAUAUAACAAUCACAUCACAACUACAUCAACGAAGCAAGUGACUAAAACAGCUAUUAAAAAGACUUCUGCGGACGCGCGAAUUAAAGCGAAGUUAAGAAGAAAUAAUAAUAAUUAG